AUGUCCCAUGGUACGACCAGUGCAGCCUCGAGCAACCGCAGCAGCAGCAACAGCAGCAGCAGCGGCAAAAGGGCGCACCCAUACUUCCACUUCCUCGCGGGCCUGACCUCUGGCGUCUCGAGCGCCGUCCUCCUCCAACCGGCCGAUCUCCUCAAGACACGCGUUCAACAGUCCCGAUCGUCGUCGCUCGUGCCCGUUCUCAAAUCCAUUCUCUCGGGUCCUCACCCCGUCGCGGCUCUCUGGCGCGGCACCCUCCCCUCGGCACUGCGUACCGGCUUCGGCUCAGCGCUGUACUUUACGUCUCUGAGCUCGCUGCGGCAGGUUCUAGCGAAUGCCACACCCGCCGCGGCCGGAAAUGAUGGACACAGCGGAAACAGUACUUCGUCGAUACCCGUGAGGAAAAGCAGCUCGGUGCUCCCGAAGCUGUCGAACGCGCAAAACCUCAUCACCGGGGCCAGCGCGAGGGUAUUUGCGGGCUUCGUGCUCAUGCCCGUCACCGUGAUCAAGGUCCGCUACGAGUCGGAUCUGUACGCCUACAAAUCCAUCGCCUCGGCCUCGCGCUCCAUCUACGCCUCCGAGGGCCUCAAGGGCUUCUUCUCAGGCUUCGGGGCGACGGCGGUGCGCGAUGCGCCCUACGCGGGACUCUACGUGGUCUUUUACGAAGCGUGCAAGACGAGGUUGAACAAGCUACUAUCUUCGUCUUCGCCUGGCAGCGGGGCGGCGGUGGAUGUUUCGGACGGCAGAGGGCGACAUGCGAGUUUCGCGUCCUCCGCGACCAUCAAUGCGAGCAGUGGCGUGUUGGCAGCGGGCCUCGCGACGAGCUUCACAAACCCCUUUGACGCCGUCAAGACCAGGUUGCAGCUCAUGCCGGGCAAAUACCGCAACAUGGCGCACGCCGUGAGGACCAUGCUGAAAGAGGACGGCGUCAAGAGCUUCUUCGACGGCUUAGCCUUGAGGAUGGGGAGAAAGGCACUCAGCUCCGCCCUGGCCUGGACCGUGUACGAGGAACUGAUCGGUAGAGCCGAACGCUUCGUCGAGCGGAGGGACGGUGACAAGGUUAUUGUGUGA